AACGGUAGCAUCAUCAGUGACGGAGACAGCGGUUGAGAACUCGAGCGAUCUGGCAGGUGAGAGGGCAUAUUGUAUGAGCAGGGGAGACUGCCGGUGAUGGACAAUGAGCAACCGCACCAGGAACUGGUCAAGUGCGUGGUCGUGGGUGACACGGCAGUCGGAAAGACCAGACUGAUCUGCGCCAGGGCCUGCAACAAGCACGUGUCACUGUCACAACUCCUGACUACUCACGUGCCCACGGUCUGGGCUAUCGACCAAUAUCGGAUCUACAAGGAUGUAUUGGAGCGAUCUUGGGAGGUAGUAGACAAUGUAAACGUGUCGCUACGUCUCUGGGACACAUUUGGCGAUCACGAGAAGGAUCGGCGUUUCGCAUAUGGCAGGUCUGACGUCGUGUUACUAUGUUUCUCCAUAACCAACCCCGUUUCCUUGCGAAACUGCAAGGUGAUGUGGUAUCCCGAGAUAAGGAGGUUCUGCCCGCAGACACCGGUUCUCUUGGUCGGAUGCAAAAACGAUCUGCGAUAUAUGUAUCGGGACGAAACUUAUCUCAGUUACUUUCGCGAUCGCAGUCCUUUUGUAAGGGCUACGAGGAAAAGCGAUCUGGUUAUGCCGGAUCAGGCACGAGCGGUGGCGCGAGAACUCGGUGUGUGCUAUUACGAGACAAGCGUUUUCACUUAUUAUGGCGUGAACGAGGUGUUCGAAAAUUCGAUACGUGCCGCUCUAAUCGCACGUCGUCAGCAGCGUUUCUGGAUGACGAACUUGAAAAGAGUGCAAAGACCUUUGUUACAGGCACCAUUCUGUCCACCAAAACCUGUACCGCCGAAGGUAUGCUUGGCUGCAAGUACCUAUGAAGAGAACAUGAAGAGCCUGUGGACGAGGCCGGUUCACACGGACGUUACCCUGAUAGCGAGUAACUGCACGUUCUCGGUUCAUCGGUGCUUGCUCGCCGCCGCUUCGCCGGCGUUUCACCGGCUCUUCUCGAUGGAACUCGCUCAGGAAUUAACGCCGCGCAGCUCCAGCGAGUCCAGCAUGGUGAGCACUUUCGGCGAGGCCACCGUCGGUGACUUCAACGACGAUACCGAGUGCCUAAUUCGUAUCGAUCAAAGCAAACCCGCAAAAGUCUGGGAGCAACUUAAGCGACGAUCGAGUUUUCAAGUACUGCCGACGAUGGAUAAUCAGAGGAAAAGUAACAGCGCGACGAGGGAGCUGAAUCAUCCUGCCUUCCAAAAUAUUCGUAUAUGUAUGACUGAGAAUGCGAACGGUAUGCAGCAGCCCAUGACUGUGAUCACGCUGUCGAAGUUGAUCACGCCGCAGGCGAUGCAACAGUGCUUGCAAUUCAUUUACACGGGCAGCUUGGACAAACGGUAUCACGAUCUACAAGAGAUCAGGCAAGCGGCCGAAUUCCUCGAGUUGCCGCAAUUACUCAUGGUGCUCGGUAGCAUACAGACGCGGGAGCAGUUCGUCAAUAGCGAUCUCAAUAACCGGUACAAGCAAGUGGUUAGACAACGACUGGAAGAUAUCUGCUUGGAGCAAGGUCUCUUCGCUGAUGUGAUGUUUGAGCUAGAUGAUGGCAGCGUACCGGCCCACAAAGCGAUUCUCACUGCCCGAUGCGACGUAAUGAAAGCCAUGUUCUCUGGCGAUUUUCGCGAAAGUAGCGCAAAAGUCAUAGUCUUUCCUGGGGUUCGGGAGUACACAUUCCACAAGUUACUCUGCUAUCUUUACACGGACGAAGUGCCAGCGAUCUCUUCGGUCAGAUGCCUGAACCUAUUGGAACUAGCCAAUAGACUCUGCCUUCAACGAUUGGUCAAUUUAGUCGAGAGCAGAGUGAUUGAAGAUCUUGAACGGCUUUCGCAAAAUGAGGGGAACGACGCUGUGGAAAACUGCCUGAGGCUGUUGGAGCCGUGCAAGCUGCAUAAUGCCGAUCAGCUGGCCGACUGGUGCAUGAAUCAUCUGUGCGUUAACUAUAAUAAGCUAUGCAAAAUGUCACCUCGCAGCGUGCGGCUGCUUCAUCCGGAGAACCAGGAGUAUUUGAACGAGCACCGAUGGCCGCCGGUCUGGUAUUUGAAGGACUACGAUUACUAUCAGAAGUGUUUAGCGGAGCAGGUACGCGAGAACAAGCCGACGUUGAAGCGGAAUCGCAAUCAAUCUGGCUGUCUGUGUUUCUCGGGCUCGAGUAAAACCAGACGGGAGGGUAACGCCGAAAGCAGCGGAGGCACAAAGUCGACGACGUCGAGUGAGACGCCGGCAGAUCGGCCGCUCUUCGACGCCUCGACCGAGUCCGGUGAGCAAGCUGUAUGACAGGAACCAAGCGGCCUCAGCCGCUCCGUCAGAUUCAUCCUGGUCCUACCUGUGCUCAUGGUCUUCAUAUGCACUAUUUUUACCAUUUUGAUACUGCUACAGAUUUAUACUUAAGCGGACUGCAAGACACCAAAGAGACUACGCGUAAACGCACGAG